GACGCCCCAUUAGCGCGAGCUUACCACCGGUCCGCUCAGGCCCAGUGAAAACAAAGCAGCGGUGGUCCUGAUGCGUUUGUAAACAUCCCUAAAAAAAGACAACCGGUAACUUUAUAACAAAGUCAAUCCCCCGCCGGGGGGGUCCGUCGUUAUCGCAUCGGCCUAACGGGUGGCUUUCGUCCCGGGGCCGUUGAUGCUCUCUGCUCCCGUUGGUGUUGUUGUGUUCUCGGUGACGGUUGAUAAUGGAGACGGCUAACGGGCACCCGAAGCUAACGCUAUGUAGCCUGCGAGCGGCGGAGGGCCGCGGCUGAAAUCACCGGAGAAAGGCGACAAAGGGCAGUGGGCGGUGAAAGCUAAAGACACGCAGGUUUAACUCCCCCUCCCCCGGUCGGCGUGCGGGCGGCGGCAUGGCGGAGUAGGCGUCCGCGGCCGGUCGGGACUCGCUCCCCGUCGCCAUGGCGCCGGGCUCGCUGGUGGCGGCCUGCCGCAGCCUGGCCCUCUCUACGUGGCUGCUCUCCUUCUGCUUCGUCCACCUGCUGUGCCUGGACUUCACCGUGGCCGAGCGGGAGGAGUGGUACACCGCCUUCGUCAACAUCACCUACGUGGACCCCGCCACGUCGGAGCUGCGCACCGAGAAGACGGAGUGCGGCCGCUACGGGGAGCACUCGCCGAAGCGCGACGCCAAGGGGAUGGCGGCGCUGCCGGUGGCGCCGCUCGACCGGCAGGCCUGCGACCCCAACGGCCGGUUCGCGGUGCCCGCGCGGGCCGGGGCCUGGGUGGCGCUGGUCGCCGGGGGCAACUGCACCUACGAGGACAAGAUCCGCCACGCCACGGCCCAAAACGCCUCGGCGGUGGUCGUCUUCAACGUGGGCUCCUCCGUCGUCAACGAGACCAUCACGAUGGCUCAUCCGGGUACGGGCGAGGUGGUCGCCAUCAUGAUCCCGGAGCCCAAAGGCCGCGAGGUGGCCGCCCUGCUGGAGCGCAACGUGGCGGUCACCAUGACGAUCACCAUCGGGACCAGGAACCUGCAGAAGUACGUGAGCAGGACGUCGGUGGUGUUCGUGUCCAUCUCCUUCAUCGUGCUGAUGAUCAUCUCGCUGGCCUGGCUCGUCUUCUACUACAUCCAGAGGUUCCGCUACGCCAACGCCCGAGACCGCAACCAGCGUCGCCUCGGCGACGCGGCGAAGAAGGCCAUCAGCAAGCUGCAGGUGCGCACCAUCAGGAAGGGCGACCAGGAGACCGAGGCCGACUUCGACAACUGUGCCGUCUGCAUCGAGGGCUACAAGGCCAACGACGUGGUGCGCAUCCUGCCCUGCAGACACCUGUUUCAUAAGAGCUGCGUGGACCCGUGGCUGCUGGACCACCGAACAUGUCCAAUGUGCAAGAUGAACAUCCUCAAAGCCCUCGGCAUCGCUGUGAGUCCAUCGCAGCCUUGAUUUGGUGACGCGUUGAAAAGCUUCAACAAGCAGAGCAAUGGAUUUAAUACUGAGAACAAACCAAAUGUUACUUCUGUUUGUCCAGAAACGGAAAAAUCUUAACAAUGGAAAAGGAGGGCAAAGCAUUGAUUGACAGGUCUAUAAUAGACCAUAAAGCAGUGGAUACUUUGGGGCGGGGCUAAGCAUUGAUUGACAGGUCUAUAAUAGAACAUGCAACAGUGGAUACUUUGGAGCGGCGUUAAGC